AUGACGGAGAAGGAAGUGCCAGAGCCACCAGCUUCACCUGCUUCAGGUGGGAAACCCAAGAGCCGGCAGCUGCAGAAGCUGAAACAACUUUUCCAGCGAAAGCCCAAGGAGGAGCCGGCGCCGGAGCCACAGCCCAACGGGGAGCUGGUCAGCCCCUCGGGGGGACCCAUCUACUACAUCUAUGAGGAUGACGAAGAGGAGGAAGAGGAGGAGGAGCCUGAGCCCCCUCCCGAACCCGAGAAACUUGUUAAUGACAAACCCCACAAGUUCAAAGAUCAUUACUUCAAAAAGCCCAAAUUCUGCGAUGUUUGUGCCCGCAUGAUCGUCCUCAACAACAAAUUUGGCCUGAGGUGCAAGAACUGCAAAACAAACAUCCACCACCACUGCCAGUCCUACGUGGAGAUGCAGCGUUGCUUCGGCAAGAUCCCGCCCGGGUUCCGCCGGGCGUACAGCUCCCCCCUCUACAGCGACCAGCAGUACGCCGGCACCAAGGACCAGCUCGCAAACAGGAGCGAUCCUGUGUUCGAGACGCUGCGCACGGGCGUCAUCAUGGCCAACAAGGAGCGCAAGAAGGGGCAGGACGACAAGAAAAAUCCCUUGGCUGCGAUGAUGGACGAGGAGUCGGAGGCCACGAAGCCGGUGGGGAGCAAAGCCGAGGGUGGUGCCUCUGAAGGGGACAAGAAAGCUGAGAAGAGCCCAACAGAUGACAAGAGCAAGAAGCCGCAGCCAGGGGGGUUCCUGCAGUCCCACUAUUUCGUGGCACUUUAUCGCUUCAAAGCCCUGGAGAAGGACGACCUGGAUUUCCCGCCGGGGGAGAAGAUCACGGUGGUCGAUGACUCCAACGAGGAGUGGUGGCGGGGGAAGAUCGGUGAGAAAGUCGGAUAUUUCCCCCCCAACUUCAUCAUCCGGGUGCGGGCGGGCGAGCGGGUGCACAAGGUGACGCGUUCCUUCGUGGGCAACCGGGAGAUCGGGCAGAUCACGCUCAAGAAGGAUCAGAUCGUGGUGCAGAAGGGGGAGGAGGUGAACGGUUACGUUAAAGUCUUCACCGGCCGCAAAGUGGGGCUGUUCCCUGUGGACUUCCUGGAGGAGAUCUGA